UGUGUUUUGUGUUUCCCGCUCAAAAUUCUUUCUGUCUGUUCUUGCAGCGUCGGUUUAUUUUUAUUAAUUAAAUAGGACAAUAAUUAAAGUGUUUCUUAAAGUUUAUUAAUUUAUAACAUCAUGGAAGGUUUUGAUCAACCUGGAAUAUUUUUCUCUGACAAUUUUUCUGUUGACGGCGAACAAAAUCAAGAAGAUAAUGCAACUUUUCAAGCAUCAAAAAAAAAGUUAAAGGAAUUUAUUCGUCAAUUUCAUGAAGGGAAUUUUAAUUAUAAAUAUCGUGAUACUCUAAAACGAAAUUAUAAUCUUGGCAAGUACUGGAUUGAAUUUAAUUUAGAAGAUUUAGCUGCUUACGAUGAAUCGCUUGCGGAGAAAAUUUACAAACAACCAACGGAAUAUUUACCAUUGUUUGAAGAGGCUGCGAAAGAAGUUGCUGAUGAGCUUACAGCACCAAGAUUAAUUGGCGAAGAAAAAAUUGAAGAUAUUCAAGUUCUUCUUACAUCGGAUGGUAAUCCAGUUUCAUUGAGAGGAAUGAAGCCCGAUGCAGUAUCGAAAUUGGUGAAAAUUCCCGGUAUAAUUGUUUCCGCUUCGGGUAUUCGAUCAAAAGCAACGAAAAUAGCAAUUCAAUGUCGUUCUUGUCGAAGUGUACAAACAAAUAUUCCCAUAAAACCCGGUCUAGAGGGUUAUGUUUUGCCGAGACGUUGCACCACAGAACAAGCAGGUCGUCCCAAGUGUCCUUUGGAUCCAUUUUUUAUAAUGCCUGACAAAUGUAAUUGCGUUGAUUUUCAAGUUUUAAAAUUACAAGAGCCAACUGAUCAAAUACCACAGGGAGAAAUGCCGCGACACAUUCCACUCUAUUGUGAUCGUUAUCUUUGCGAUCGUGUUGUACCUGGAAAUCGUGUUCUCAUUUUGGGAAUUUAUUCAAUUAAGAAAGUUUCAAAAAGCGGUGGCAAAACAAGAGGAAAAGAUCGUGCACUCGUUGGAGUACGUGCACCUUAUAUUCGAGUUGUUGGCAUUAGUGUCGAUGGAGAGCACAGUGGAGUUGGAACUCAAGAGCCAGUGACGCAGGAUGAGGAAGAUCUUUUUAGAAGACUAGCAGCUGAUCCUGAUAUUUAUGAAAAAAUUGCAAGAAGCAUCGCGCCUAGUAUUCUCGGUUCAAUGGAUAUUAAAAAGGCAAUUGCGUGCCUACUUUUCGGAGGUUCGAGAAAAAGAAUGCCUGAUGGUCUUUGCCGAAGGGGUGAUAUAAAUGUUCUACUGCUUGGUGAUCCUGGAACUGCUAAAUCACAGCUUUUGAAAUUUGUCGAGACAGUCUCGCCAGUUGGUGUUUACACAUCAGGAAAAGGAAGUUCCGCCGCCGGUCUCACUGCCUCUGUCACUAGAGAUCCAGCUAGUAGAAGUUUUGUGAUGGAGGGCGGAGCAAUGGUGUUAGCCGACGGCGGUGUUGUUUGUAUUGACGAAUUUGAUAAAAUGAAAGAAGACGAUAGAGUAGCGAUUCACGAGGCAAUGGAACAACAAACAAUAUCCAUUGCCAAGGCUGGAAUUACAACUUCAUUAAAUACACGAUGCUCAGUUCUUGCUGCUGCUAAUUCAAUUUUUGGUCGUUGGGACGAUAUCAGAGGAGAGGAGAAUAUUGAUUUUAUGCCUACAAUUUUAUCACGUUUCGAUAUGAUAUUUAUUGUCAAAGAUGAACACGAGCCACAAAGAGAUAUUCAAAUUGCAAAACACGUUAUGGAAAUUCACGCGAACGCGGGUCAAAUCACCGAGGAUAAUGUCGAAGGCGAAUUACCAUUACAUAUCUUGAGAAAAUUCAUUCACUACUGUCGAAUGCGUUGUGGGCCAAGAUUGGAUAAAGACGCGGGCGAUAAGCUGAAGAAUCGAUAUGUGAGAAUGCGUGCCGGUACACAUGAACACGAAUUGGACAUGGAGAAACGAUUAUCAAUUCCAAUUACUGUUCGUCAAUUGGAGGCUGUUAUAAGAAUUUCUGAAUCGUUGGCAAAAAUGUCUCUUAAACCAUUUGCUACGGAAGUUCAGGUGAACGAAGCUCUUCGAUUGUUUCAAGUUUCGACAUUGGACGCUGCCACAAGUGGAUCUUUGGCAGGUGCUGAAGGCUUCACUUCCGAGGAGGACCAUGAAAUGUUGGUUCACAUCGAGAAGCAAUUGAAAAGGCGAUUUGCAAUUGGUGCCCAGGUAUCACAACAAAAUAUUGUCAACGAUUUUACUAAACAAAAAUUUCCUGAAAAUGCCAUUAUCAAAGUAAUACAAACGAUGAUUCGUCGUGGUGAACUUCAACAUCGUAUGCAACGUAAAAUGUUGUUCAGGCUCUUUUAAAAAAAAAACCGACCUUCCACACUGCUACUGGAUUACUAGAUGUAUCUAACAUAAAAUCACCAUUUUCUUUGACUGCUGGGGACAAAUCUGUUUCAUUUAGGACAAAUGAAAAUGGCAUAUGAAUUAAA